AUGAUUUUUAGUGAAGAACCCAUUGUUGAUAAUAGCGAAGAUGAAGAGCCUGAUGAAAACAAGCUCAAGAGGAGAAAGACACGAGAGGCUAAAAUGGACGAACAUCAAAGAGUAAUCAGGGAGGCUGAAGUGAAAGAGAAAGCACAACAUGAAGCUCAUGUUACUUUGGAAAACCGAAAGCUUUUAUUUCCAAAGUGGACUCUGAAGCGAAUUCAGAACGAAGUCAUUGAGUGGAGAAUGUCCCUUCCACUUAUAAUGGUGCCAAUCAACUGCUCUUCUCGUUCUAUCUCAAGCACAUGA